AUGGAAAGGCGUCGAAGGCAGGUUACCGACAAAGACGGAGCUGGAAAAAAAGGGGUAAUUCAGACCAGCAACACAUUGUGCCCGGUUUGCAAAUACAAGCAAGAAACUGUUGAACACAUUCUCAUUACGUGUUUUAUGUCGAAAACACUAUGGUGGAUGGUCGGAGCAUGGUUGGGAGUAAAAGAUUUUCCUGUAAGCUGGAGAUUUCUAAGAAGAAGAAAAAAGGUAGUCAACUGCAUAGUGAUGGCUACAUUAUGGAUCAUAUGGUCGAGCAGAAAUGAGAAGGUAUUCAAAGUCGUGCAGAUUUCAAAUGCUAGAAGACUGGAACAAGUCCAGGAGUGUACUCUUUUGUGGAUGAGUCAUAGCCAAAAUGGAGAAUUAGAGCCAAAAUGGAGAAUUUAG